GUCCAGCAGUAGCCUAGCCUUGUCCCGGUCCUGGUCGUAGUCCAGGCCCUCGGCUUCCCCGCACCUGCGAGUAAUCACGACCAAAGAUCGCGACAAGGGCGAGGUCGCAUUCCACGCGUGCGCAGAGCCAGCGCCCCGGAUCUGCAGUGUGAGAGUGAGAAGCAGGACCGCGUGUGUGUGUUUGUGUCUCUGUCUCUGAUCCCUGAUCCGCUCCCAUCGCCACCAUGGUGCAGGGCGGCAUGAAGUGCGUCAAGUACCUACUCUUCGGCUUCAACUUCUUGUUCUGGCUCGCAGGAACAGCAGUCCUGGCCGUCGGAUUAUGGCUUCGAUUCGAUCCGUCGACGAAGAGCAUUUUUGAAAUUGAAAACCAGUCUUUUACAUUCUACAGGGGUGUCUACAUUUUGAUCGGAGCUGGUGCACUGAUGAUGAUUGUUGGGUUCCUCGGAUGCUGUGGGGCCAUUCAAGAGUCGACUUGCAUGCUUGGAUGUUUCUUCGUGUUCCUCCUCAUCAUCUUUGCAGUCGAAAUUGCGGCUGGAAUAUGGGGCUUUUUGAAUAAAGAUAAGGUCACUGAAGAAGUGAAGGAAGCAUACACGUCCUUGUACACUGAAUAUCUCACAUCAUCAAGAGAUGAAAGCAAGAAAGCAGCUCUAAUUGGGAUACAGAAUGGACUGAACUGCUGUGGAAUUGGAGGUGCACUGGAAGUGCUUAUCCAAGAAACCUGUCCGAAAACAGGAUUCCUUGACAGUAUAACCAAACAGUCGUGUCUAACGGCAAUUGAUGAUUUGUUCAGCACAAAACUCUACAUCAUUGGGGCAGUUGGAAUUGGAAUUGGAAUCGUAAUGGUAUUUGGAAUGAUUUUCAGCAUGGUGUUGUGCUGUGCCAUUCGUAACAGUAGAGAGAUGAUUUGAGGAUUGGUUCAAACAACUGUGCCUUUCAGCCACGGAAUGGAUUUUUUCCACCACAUUUGCUUCUAUUGUUAACAGCUUGACUUUAAUAAACAUAUAAUUUUUUUUCACAUUUUAUAUUCAGUUUAAAAUAUCUGCAUAACGUAACCUUAAACAAAACUUCAUCUGUUUAGUGGGUUUACACUGCAUUUAACAUUUUGUAUAAAUUGAGUGCAAAGAGCAGUAAACGCAAAUCCGAAGUUUUCUUUAAGGUUUUCAAUAAUUUUAAAUGUAUUUGUUGUAUUGGCUGAAAUUGAAAGUUCGAGGAGAGAGGAGACUUUAGAUUUUGAAUUUAAAGUGCCAAUGUAGUUAAAUAGCUAUCAUGUGUUAAUCUGUGGCUCUAAAGAGCAGAAUGCUUAUGUUGAAUUAUGACCUGGUCAGAAUUUAAUCAUUCCUUUAAAAUAUUCUGUUUGUGGAAUUUAAAAAAUGAUGCAACAUGUAGAUAUCUAAAUUUACCCGUUCCUUUCAAAAAAUAAAGUUUAAAUUUGAA